AUGUUCUCCCGACCGAUUCCGGCCACGGCGGCCAAUCUCAUUGAGACUAGCCAACUGCGCAGGAGAUAUUAUAGUGCACAAGUGUACGCGCAGACACAACGUGCACUCUCUAUUCCUGUCACUCUCAUAUUCCGGUGGGACGACUGCUCGACACGACCAGUGAGAGUUAAGGCGCAGGACCGACGGCUUUACGUGCUCUCCGAGGCACGGGGG